AUGGUCUUCAAGCAGGUUGGAAGUGUGUCAGCCGAGGCUGAACAAAGGGGCAGUGAGAAUCAGUUUCUGACAGUUUGCUUUGUUUUCCUUUUUCAGGAUGCUUCGUCUGCAGACAUUCGGAAAGCAUAUAGAAAGCUUUCACUGAUUUUACACCCAGACAAGAAUAAAGAUGAAAAUGCAGAAACACAGUUUAGGCAAUUGGUGGCCAUCUAUGAGGUCUUAAAGGAUGAAGAGAAGAGGCAGAGGUAUGAUGAUAUUCUGAUCAAUGGACUACCAGACUGGCGACAGCCUGUAUUCUACUACAGGCGGGUGAGAAAAAUGAGCAAUGCUGAGCUGGCAUUGCUCUUGUUCAUUAUACUCACAGUGGGUCAUUAUGCUGUGGUUUGGUCAAUCUACCUGGAAAAACAGCUGGAUGAACUGCUUAGCAGAAAAAAGAGGGAGAAGAAGAAAAAAGCAGGCAGCAGGAGUACAGAGGAAGCCAAACUUAAUGUUCCAGACAGAAAUGAAAGAGUACUGGACAAACCACAAUGGCAUGACUUGCUUCCAUGCAAGCUGGGAAUAUGGUUCUGUCUCACUGUAAAAGCUUUACCUCAGCUAAUCCAG